AUGACAACAAGAAACAAACAAGCUUUCAGACGCCAACCAAGCAAUCUAUUUUUUAUUCGAUUGCAAAACACAACUUGCCACAUUACAAGUGCAAGCAAAGAAAAUGCAAACCAAAUGCUUCCGUCUUACACGAAACAAUCCACAAAGGCUUUCGUUAAGAAUAUUCAACGACGUAUAUAUCGACAAUCAAUGAUAGAUUUGAGAUUUGUGAACAUAUACGAUGUUAACAUCAGCACCAUAGCCAGAGAGGUCUACGAGCACCUUGCUAAUCAAGAACAGCACCCACCCUUUUACACUCAAAUUGAUUCUUGUCUUUUUGAAAUAAGGGUUUCAGCUAUGUUGGACUGGUCGAUCUCAUUCAAUACAGAGGAGCCCUGGAUAGAAGGAAAUAUACGAUUUUCUGCAAUUUAUGAAGAACGUCAAAGUAACAAGGCUAAAAAAAACAUCUACACAGGUUUUUGUAUAGCACCGCUUCGUGAUGCACUGUUUGGGCAAUAUUUGAAACGCCAUGAACUGCACUUUCCACAAUCAAACCGUUGCAUAACAUCAACAGGGAAAAACUGCGAGCAUGGUAUUGAGUUCAAUUUUAAUAUUUGUGUAAUGACAAAAGCACAACGAUGGAGUGGAAACGUCAAAAAUUGGAGAGCGAUCUUUAGUAUCUCCAAGACGGGAGAAAAGUUUCGAAACCCAUUUAUUGCAUGUGGUGGGAGAGUCAGAAAAAUACAAAAUACCAAUAUAAUUUUGAAUACCAUUUACACAAUGCAGAACGCGUCAAUUAUACUAGAAGAAAACACGAAUAGUGCUUAUACGUAUUUGAACAUUUUCCGGACCAGCUUAUACAGUUUUAUACUGGUCCUUGGAAUGUUUGGUAACUUUACCGUAGUUAUGGCUACCAUUAAAUUUAUAACUUUACGGAAACCGACAAACAUAUUAAUCUGCAAUUUAUGUGUGUGUGACAUUUUAAUUUUAUUUGCAGGUAUUCCUUUGUUUGCUUUUGAAGAAACAGAAUUAAAGGGGGUUGGUUGUAAACUGUUAUCACCCUUUCUAACUUCUUUGCUGACGUCGACAGUUUUAACGUUAAUUGUAAUCGCUUUGGAGAGAUACGUAAUUAUUUUGCAUCAUUUUCAAAGAUUUACGUUUGCUCUCCAUCAUCCCUAUACCGUUAUUGGUUGCAUAAAUAUAAUUUCUUUACUGACUGGCGUUCCGGUAGUGUUUUCGUUCAGUAACUCAUCACUUUUAAACUGUAGGACACGGUGGAAUGAAUCUGCGGAGCUUAUAUACGCGUUGUUUAGCUUUCUGAUGCAGUAUUUUCUACCUUUAAUGGCAAUGUGUUUUUUGUAUGCCCGCAGUUGGCACCGAAUACGAAAAAAGAACAAAAGAACUAUAAGAAUAGGCAGUAGUAAUCGUAACUCAUUUCUGGGACGAAGCGCCUCUGAGAGCGAUUUAAAUGCAGCUACAGCUGAACUUAUCACCAAGAGUGCAAGCAACAAUCAUUUAGUCGGGGAUGGCACAAAUCUUAGACGUUCUGUUUCUAGUGAAUCCGUCUUCACUACACCAUCUCCAAGAAGAUCGCGCGCAGGUUCAUUUCGAGAAUCUGUUACCCGAGCUCAGCGUAACCUCACCUCGAUUAUUACAGGUGCUGAUGUAGAGUCUGCUUUGUCUGGUUUUGCUGCAAAGCGAUCGAGACAAACACUCCUCACUUUGAAGAUGUUUACCUACAUUGUUCUUGUAUUUGCUGUGUGUAUGUUGCCGCAUCACGUGAUAAAGCUGAUGCAUGCUACAGAUGCACAAAAACAUAAAAGUUAUUUUCACUAUUUGGAUCUUUUGUAUAUAUGCAUUUAUGUUAAUGCAGCAGUUAAUCCGUGGAUUUAUGGUUUUAUGAAUGCUCAGUACAGAAUCGCUUUGCGUCGACUAUUCCUUUUCAAACGACAUCAUGUAGCAACUAUGAUGGAGAGACAUCUUUUCCGAUCUCCAUCGGGUACGUUAAUUUUGAGCAAAUCCAAAUCAAGACGAAAAAAAAUUUGUUUUCUUGAACUUGCUUUAUUUUGUAAAAACAAUAAACCAGACGAUGUGCAGGAUGAAAUGUUAAAAACAAAAUCGAAUGAAGUCGCAAAUUGUCGGGAGAGCUCGGCAAGAAGUCCGUUACUUUCAACCAGCCGUAAAAUAAGCAAAAUUCAUCGUAAUGAAAGCGUGGAAACCACCUUAGAUGACAUUCCGUUGUGCCUCCCGAUUAUCAUCAUCACAUGUUAUGACGACGAGAUCGAAAACGAGAACGCAUUUCGAGACAAUAUCGGGAACGAAAACACAUUCGGGUGAAACGAGAAAUAAUGUACAUCGGCCAAGAAUAAGAAAUACGACACUGCAAGUGUGAGGCAAUAAAGAAAACAAACAUAAAAAGUGAAUGCACAGAGUUUAAUCUGUUUGAAAAAGACCCGAAGUCUCAAUAAAGUUGUAAAUCAUAAAAACAACAAUUCUCUUUGUAUGAACUCCUUGGCAAAGUUUAUCCAGGUGUAGCUAAUGUAAAUAUAUUUGGAUGAUAAUGCUAAUGUAAGUGAAUUGUUGACUCAUUUUUGUGAUGCGUGGAAUAGUCAUUCCACACCGCACGAACAGAUUAAUUAAAAUGUUCACAUAUUUUUUCAGAUUUGACGUGGAAUGGGA